GGAGACUUUCACACGAUGGUUUUCUCCCGCCGACCAAAGCGUGUUUGCUCGUGACUGCAACCAUUGCCCUUUCCCCAAAAUAUUAGUGAUAUUUUGGAGAAAGGUUUGAAUUUUGAAAGUUACGUUUUGGAAAAGCUCCUGGAAAGACGAAAGGAAAUAUCAGUAUCUCUGAAAGAAGUUCAGCUCUUCGAACUAAAGAACUGAUGGUGCCGCCCAUAUUCAGGACACAAUGGCGUUUGCCAUCGCAACGCUCAGUAAACAUACGGCGGCUCGGUGCUCCGCUGUUCCCGCUCCAGACCACGCUGGAGCUGCGGGAAGGGGGUGAAUAUAUUGGUCCCAUGAGCCGAGAGACCGCCGGGUCCUUUAGCAAGUGUGGUUUAUCAUGACACAAGAACAAUGAAGAAACUGAAGAAGAAUAAGAAAGAACAGGGAAAGGGUGUUUCAAUCAUUGUUCAAAAAUUUCUGAAAACCUACGAAUGUCACUGUGGUCAGUCAUCAAGUGCAGUCAGCUCAGUGCUUGUACGAAACCUACAGAAAUGCAUUGAAAAUGAAGAAAUCCUGACCAAGUUGAUACUUGCCGGGCCUGAGACAUCUGCAGAUUCUCUGCCACCAGUCACUCUGAAACCGCUGCUAAUGACAAUCCGAGAUGAGCGGUACAUGUAUGGAAAGGAGCUGUAUGUCUGGCAUGUUGCUCUGAACAAUGAGGACAUUGCAAAUUUAGCAAUAAUUCUCGAACUCCGUGGACGGACAUCUUAUCCAUUUUCCAAAAUUGAACUGUUGGAUUGUGGAAUUGAUACCUGGUCAAUUGAAAGGCUUGGGAAAUCUCUCAAUUUUAGUGUGUUGACUUGCAUUGUUCUGGAUUACAAUGAAUUUCUUGAUGAAGGCCUGCGAGGGCUAUGCCACGGACUGAAGGGAAAUGGUCAGCUGUUAACACUAAGCAUGUGUUACUGUAAUCUAGGACCAACAAGUGGAUCGUUCUUGGGGGAUCUGGUGGCCAAAACUGCCAUUAAAGAUCUGCUUCUGGAUGGAAAUAAUCUGCAGUGUGUGGGAGCUUGUGAGCUGAUUAGGUUUAUUGCCAAUUACGCCGAAAAUGAGGUGAAGAAGAAAUCAGAUAUUGAGGGAGAAACAUCAAAACCUGUUCUGGAAGGUGCAGAUUUACAAUCAGUUUCAUCAAACGAGAACACAAGACUGACUGACAGUGUUAAUAUGAAUAUCAGCGUUCCUGGAUCCAAGAAGGAAAGGAAGGGGAAGAAAAAGAAGGAGCUCCCACAGAUUGGCCCCUGGUUAUCUAAAUUACACCUCGCAGAUAAUGGCAUAGAUGGAAGAGGGAACGAAGGCAAAAUAGGUGCAAUGACAUUUGCUGAAACAUUAUGCCAAUUGAUAAAGUUUUCAGACCAUUUGACAGAACUGCAUUUAGACGGUAACUCCUUGGGUGAGCUGUGUGGGAAACAGAUACUCGAUGCCUUAAGGGAAAGGAAAGGAGCAAAACUCCAGGAUUUAAAAAUUGAAGUCUCAACCCAAAUGAAUGCAGAUACUUUUAUAAACAUCUUUCAAAACGCCAAAAAGCACAAGAAAGCCAAAAGGAAAAAGAAGAAAAAGAAGUGAUAAAAUGAAUCAGUGUCCUCCAGCAGUGCCAGAUCCAAUUCUACAUCAAAGUUAAUAGUCCAAAUUCCUUAUCAAUGGUGUCAUCAAAGAAGUUAGCCUCAAGGUUACAGACAUAAAAAUCUGCAUCUGUUUCAUGUUUCCAGAAAACUCUCGUACUCUUGUGGGAAAAAAGAAGUUUGUGUUGGAUGACAUACUCACUGUUCCCAUCUAAAAGAAGAUCUGAAGAUUAAGUUUGUUUUGCAUUCCUUUCUCCAAAAUUCACUGUUGACCUGUUGCUGCAGAAAAUUGGACCUUCUACUUCUGCCUCAAAGUGUCCGUCUUUAGAGACUGAGGAGCUUGUCACUUGGAUUGUAUUGAGUCCUGUGACUCAUCCUUGGCCAAAGUUGGAAACUGGACCAGCCACACUACUCUUCAUCUAAAGAAACAGGCCGGAGAAUGAGUAUUCCAUAGCAAAUGAUUCAUCAGUACCUUUCCAACGUCCACAAGGCUAAACUCAAGGCUGUAAUAGAAUAAAUACAGGAGAGUCUGCAUAUGUUGACAAUUUUUAGCAAGACACACAAAAUACUUAAAGAACUCUGCAAGUCAGGCAGCAUCUAUGGAGAAGAAUGAACAGUUGACAUUUCCAGCCGUGACCCCUCAUCAGGACUGGGAAAAGAGGUGGAAGAAUCCAGAAUAAGAUGGUGGGGAGAGGGGAAGUCGUACAACCUGGCAAGUGAUAAGUGAACCUCCAUGAGGGGGAGGGGGGGGAGUGGAGGUCAGAAUCUCUAUCAGAUUCCUCCUUUUUCAGCCUUCCAUCUCAUCCACCUAUCACCGUCUUAUUUCACCCCUCCUCCCCCGCCUGUACACCUUUACCUAUCACCUAUCACCUUCUUACUUCAUCGCUCCUCCCCCGCCCGCACACCUUCACCCUAACACGCAUGAUUUCACCUAUCACCCUCCAGCUGGUACCCCUCUCCUUCCCCCACCUUUAUAUUCUGGCUUCCGCCCUCUUCAUUUCCAGUCCUGAGGAAGGGUCUCAGUCCACAACAUCGACCGUUUAUACCCCUCCAUAGGCGUGCCUGACCUGCCGAGUUCCUCCAGUGUUUUGCGUGUGUUGCUGUAAUAGAAUAUUCCCCAAUUGUCUGGAUGAACGAAUUUAAGAAUCAUGCAGGCCAAUGGGACCCAUUUGAUGACGCUAUAUCCACCAGUUCAAGCAUUUCACCCCUGCACUACCAGCUCACUGGGACAGAGCUGUACGCCACCUAUAAAAUGCAGCACAGAAAAUUACAAGCGUUUCUUUAAUAAAUCUAAAGCCACCAGCAGGAUCAGGACAUCAGUGGAAUACUAACGCUAUGUCCCAUAAUUUAUGCAUCAACCUGACUUGCAAAAGUAUUGGCAUGCCUACAGUGUCGCUGUCAAAAUCCUCGCCCUUACGCACGCAGACCGCAGCAAUGGAAGAAGUUGAUUGGAUACCAUCUUUUCAGGAGCAAAUCAGAAUGAGGAAUGAAUGGAGUUCUGACCAACGAUGUCUAAAUCCUGUAAAUCUUAUGAAUGAUUUUAAAAUAUAUACUCACAUAUUACAAAUAUGUGUACGUUUACCAAACCUCAUUAGCUGGUGAAAUAAUCUUUUUUUGCCUCAGAGACCUACAUGUAGCAAUGGAUUUGACUAAAGGCUGUGAUUUCAUUUGCAAAAGAAGUGCGGGGACUAAUUCACAAUGCCGGAUUACAAAUCACUUUUGAUUUUCCUUAUUUGUUACUUAUUGCUAAGACUUUGUCAAAAAGAUGAAUGAAACAUUACUCCUAAAUAAUGUAAUGAUUUGUAAAAGACAGCCUCCAAGUGUGGAAUCAUUUUUGACAUACAUAAUUCAAAGAGCUUUCUAAAAGAAGUUUUUGAAAUUAUUCCACUUUUUCAGUUCCCUCUACAAUAUUACACUUUUUUGUGACUCAGAAUGUAAAAUAAAUGCCAGACAAGAACAAUAUAAGCUGUAGAACUUUUGACUUUACCUGUAGGUUUUGAUCGCAAAACAGUACCUAAUAAAGUA